GAACAUCCUGACUCGACCAAGUGGACUAACAGUGGAUGACUAUAAACUUGAUGGGCCUUUGUUACAGAUCUUGUUCAUGAAUAAUACUGUUUCAAAGCAAUAUCAUCAAGAAAUAGAAGAGUUUGUAUCCAAUUUAAUUCAGAGAUACGAGGAGCAACAGAGGAGUGAAUUGGACAAGGCCUGCUUCAAUGUUAAACCGCAGCCUUCUAGUUUUGUCCUGGAAGAAGAUCAUAAAGUAACAAGCUCAAAUCUGUCCAAAAAAGUCAAAGAGGCUUUUAGUGUUGUAGGAAGUGUUCUCUAUUUUACCAAUUUUUGUCUUGAUAAACUGGGGCAGCCUAUAUUAAAUGAAAAUCCUCAGCUCACAGAUGGAUGGGAAAUACCCAAAUACCAGCAAGUUUUCACGCAGAUUCUUUGUCUAGAUGGACAAGAGAUACAAGUAAAGUCUAAAAGCAGGCCCAAAUCUCACUGUUUCAACUGCGGUUCCGAAGAUCACCAGAUGAAAGAUUGCCCUCAGCCACGAAACUCUGCCCGCGUAAACGAAAAAAGGAAAGAGUUCAUGGAGGCCUGCGUGGAAACGGGCAGCUCAAAUUUCCAGCAGAGAUAUCACGUAGAUGAGGUGGAAGAACGGUUUGGACACUUCAAACCAGGAAUAAUCAGCGAGGAACUCCAGGAUGCCCUCGGUGUCACUGAGAAGACGCUUCCCCCCUUCAUCUACCGCAUGCGGCAACUGGGUUAUCCGCCAGGUUGGCUCAAAGAGGCAGAAAUGGAGAAAUCGGGCUUAACGCUCUACGACGGAAAAGCGUCGCCCAGCAGUGAGACAGAGGAGGAAUUCCACCAGCAGAAUCCAUGUGUCACUUACGAUACCUCCAAGUUGAUCACCUACCCAGGUUUUAACAUGUCCACUCCAAGUGGAGUCACAGAUGAAUGGAGGAUGUUCGGCUCGGUACCUCUUCAGCCAUCCCAGCAGAAAGAAAUUUUUGCUCAUUAUCUUUCCACUUACCAUUCGGCCACUCUCAAAUCCAGGCACAAACGGCCUCCCUCUCACCACAGCUCCCAUCAUGCAAAGCGGCAGAAAGGAACCAGCGCCGAAGUCUCGCCAGCUGACAUGGAGAUCGACUCUGAUCUAGAAAUGCCCCAUAGCUCUCCCGGUUACGAUGGCUUCCUCUUCCAACCUCCGUUGCCUCCGGGGUCUCCGCUGAAGGCCACUCCCCCCCCUCUGCCACAGGGCACCCCUCCAGGUACUCCCCCCAGGCUGACUCCUCAACCGCUGUCUUGUGUGCCAGCAGCCCUGCCUCGCGACACCCCGCCUUUGACGCCGUCUGCCCUGCGGCCGGAGGACUCGGCCAUGGAUGAAGACACCUUGACCCUGGAGGAGCUGGAGGAGCAGCAGCGGCUGAUUUGGGCGGCCCUCGAGCAGGCGGAGAGCACCAACAGCGACUCAGACCUCCCCGCCAGGACUCCCAUGGCCGGCAACUCCGGGACGUCGUCGCCUUCCAGGACGGAGCCCUCCGUUCCCCUGGAGGAAGCAGCCCCCAAACAGUUGGAGGUCCCCAAAGCUCAGCCCGAGGAUCCCCCUGAGCAGACACCCCAAGCCGAACAGCCUGGCCAUCAGCAGGCCUCAGCCAUUGAACUGGUGGAUUUAACAACAGAGGUAGGACCCCUUCCCACAGACUCUGAAGGCCAAGCCCAGACCUGUUCCUCGGAGCCUACCGGCUGCGUGAAUCAUAGCGACGCUCCUGCGCUUCCCAACGCCUCCGAGCUGCCCUCCGGAACCCCCAGCCUCGUUCCCGACAUGAGCAAGUUUGCUGCUGGGAUCACCCCUUUCGAAUACGACAACAUGUCCGAGUCCACUGGGACUUACCUCCGAAUAAGGAGCGUGCUGAAAAAAUACCCCAGGAGCCAGCUGAAGAAUAAGAAGCUUUCCCUUUAACGGCCCGACUGGGGCCAGGGACCAAAAGAAAAAAAAAAAAAGGAUUUGGGCACUUAAAGCACAAAUCAAGAGCAAGAGACAAAGCAGGGGUUGCAUUCUUCCUAAAACCAAGUAAUUUUGUUUUUUUGAAAAAGUCUGGCGGAUGGGCUUCCAUUUCGACUUAGAACCAGGACUGAUACUUCCACAAAUACACAAAGGAUCCGUGAAUCUUCUCCGAUCCUGCUUUAUAGAUACCUCCGAAUUUUUUGCCAACUUGGGGUCAAAUACAUUCUUGAGCCUCUCUCUACCAACCGAGGCUUUUGUCUCUGCAAGGCCUGUGCUUUCCAUAUGGAGCUGAGAGUUCUUUAAAUACACUUACUGUCCGUGGCUUUUGAAAGGACCUCGGUUUUUUUUAAUGCUCCCCCUGGUUUCUGAGGAGGCCCAGUUGUGGUGGCGAUCCGAUGGGAAUAAUCAGGGACGAAUCAACCGUUCUUUCCAUCCUUUUUGAAAAGUUUUAUAAGUGAUUUAGGGGAUUUAAUUUUUUUUAAUGCCACCAGCUUUCUGUUUUGGUAACAUCAUCAUCUUUGAACUUGCUGUACAUAUAUUUGUGCUUGUGUACAGGAGUUUAAUAAAAAGAUUUUUUUUUCAUAAUUUUAUGUAUGCAUGUAAGCCUUGAGAUAAGGUUUAGAAAACCUACUCUUGGAAAAUCAAACUUGACAGCUUUAUUGAGGAUGAAUAUUGUGUUGCUUUUGCUAUUUUUUUCCCCUCCAUGCCUUUUUAAGGGGGUUAUUGCAAAGAAAAUUUUGUAAUCGAAAAUAUUGACAUAAAGCCGUAAAUAACACACCCUAAUU